UGGAUUGGAGGCGGGAGGUUGGACGUUGGCCGUAAGCCUGGGUCGUGGGGGUAAAGGGGGGAAUCGGGGAAGGGCUAUGGGAUGUUGGCGGAGGCGAAGCGGAGCGAGGCAGGAGACAGGAGACAGGGAUAGACGUACUCAGAAGAGCCAGAGAGCUGGAGCGCGGGGUAGUAGAGGAACAGGACGAGGAGGGUGUGGGAGAGGGCGCGGCGGGGCGGAGAUGAGGGAGGAGAGGGCGAGAUGAGAGGAUCGCGAGAUGCAAAGGGCGUUGGUACGUCGGCAGUUAGCAACUCUUUGUGU